GCGAGAGCCGGCCAGGAGUCCGGGGAGCGCGGCGGCGCGGCGAUUGGGCGGCGGGCCGCUGACGCGCGCUGACGCGCGGAGACUUUAGGUGCAUGUUGGCAGCGGCAGCGCGAGCCACAUAAACAAAGGCACAUUGGCGGCCAGGGCCAGUCCGCCCGGCGGCUCGCGCUCGACUCCGCGGUCCUGCUCCCCUGCCCAGCCGGCCGCCUUCUCCUGCUCCCUCCCCGCUCCUGGCGACUUGGUUACCCUCGCCCCUCUCGCCCACCCCUGUCAGACCCUGCUACCAGGACUCCCAGAGGAAACUACACUUCGGCUGAGUUGAAUGAAUGAAGAGAGACGCGGAGAACUCCUAAGUGAGGAGGAGAUCCGACAGGCUGGACUCCCCAUUGCUUUUCUAAAAAUCUUGGAACUUUGUCCUUCGUUGAAUUACGACACUGUCCACCUUUAAUUUCCUCGAAAACGCCUGUAAUUCGGCUGAAGCCAUGCCUUGUGUUCAGGCGCAGUAUGGGUCCUCGCCUCAAGGAGCCAGCCCCGCUUCUCAGAGCUACAGUUACCACUCUUCGGGAGAAUACAGCUCCGAUUUCUUAACUCCAGAGUUUGUCAAGUUUAGCAUGGACCUCACCAACACUGAAAUCACUGCCACCACUUCUCUCCCCAGCUUCAGUACCUUUAUGGACAACUACAGCACAGGCUACGACGUCAAGCCACCUUGCUUGUACCAAAUGCCCCUGUCCGGACAGCAGUCCUCCAUUAAGGUAGAAGACAUUCAGAUGCACAACUACCAGCAGCACAGCCACCUGCCCCCCCAGUCCGAGGAGAUGAUGCCGCAUUCCGGGUCGGUUUACUACAAGCCCUCCUCGCCCCCGACGCCCACCACCCCGGGCUUCCAAGUGCAGCACAGCCCCAUGUGGGACGACCCAGGCUCUCUCCACAACUUCCAUCAGAACUACGUGGCCACCACGCACAUGAUCGAGCAGAGGAAAACGCCCGUCUCCCGCCUCUCCCUCUUCUCAUUUAAGCAAUCGCCUCCCGGCACCCCCGUGUCUAGCUGCCAGAUGCGUUUCGACGGGCCCCUGCACGUCCCCAUGAACCCGGAGCAGGCAGGCAGCCACCACGUGGUGGACGGGCAGACCUUCGCUGUGCCCAACCCCAUCCGAAAGCCUGCGUCCAUGGGCUUCCCAGGCCUGCAGAUCGGCCACGCAUCGCAGCUGCUGGACACGCAGGUGCCCUCGCCGCCGUCGCGGGGCUCGCCCUCCAACGAGGGAUUGUGCGCCGUGUGUGGCGACAACGCGGCCUGCCAACACUAUGGCGUGCGCACCUGUGAGGGCUGCAAAGGUUUCUUUAAGCGCACGGUACAAAAAAACGCAAAAUACGUGUGUUUAGCAAAUAAAAACUGCCCAGUGGACAAGCGGCGCCGGAAUCGCUGUCAGUAUUGCCGAUUUCAAAAGUGCCUGGCUGUUGGGAUGGUCAAAGAAGUGGUUCGCACGGACAGUUUAAAAGGCCGGAGAGGUCGUUUGCCCUCGAAACCGAAGAGCCCACAGGAGCCCUCUCCCCCCUCGCCCCCGGUGAGUCUGAUCAGUGCCCUCGUCAGGGCCCAUGUCGACUCCAACCCGGCUAUGACCAGCCUGGACUAUUCCAGGUUCCAGGCGAACCCUGACUAUCAGAUGAGUGGAGAUGACACCCAGCAUAUCCAGCAGUUCUAUGAUCUCCUGACUGGCUCCAUGGAGAUCAUCAGGGGCUGGGCUGAGAAGAUCCCAGGCUUCGCUGACCUGCCCAAAGCCGACCAAGACCUGCUUUUUGAAUCAGCUUUCUUAGAACUGUUUGUGCUUCGAUUAGCGUACAGGUCCAACCCAGUGGAGGGUAAACUCAUCUUUUGCAAUGGGGUGGUCUUGCACAGGUUGCAAUGCGUUCGUGGCUUUGGGGAAUGGAUUGAUUCCAUUGUUGAAUUCUCCUCCAACUUGCAGAAUAUGAACAUCGACAUUUCUGCCUUCUCCUGCAUUGCUGCCCUGGCUAUGGUCACAGAGAGACACGGGCUCAAGGAACCCAAGAGAGUGGAAGAACUGCAAAACAAGAUUGUAAAUUGUCUCAAAGACCAUGUGACUUUCAAUAAUGGGGGGUUGAACCGCCCCAACUAUUUGUCCAAACUAUUGGGGAAGCUCCCAGAACUCCGUACUCUUUGCACACAGGGGCUACAGCGCAUUUUCUACCUGAAACUAGAAGACUUGGUACCACCGCCAGCAAUAAUUGACAAACUUUUCCUGGACACUUUACCUUUCUAAGACCUUCUCCCAUGCACUUCAAAGGAACUGGAAAGAAACCUAAAACUAUCCAGAGGGGGGAAGUCACAAGGCAGAGAUAUCCCCAUGAGCUGCCUCAGCUCUAGCCGGCCCCCACUCCCUCCAAAAAAUCCCAGUCCCUUAAUCCCUAAAGAAACAAAACAAAACAAAACAAAACAAAACAACAAAAACUGUUGCUAUUUCCUAACCUGCAGGCAGAACCUAAAAGGGCAUUUUGGCUCCGGGGCAUCCUGGAUUUAGAACAUGGACUGCACACAAUACAGUGGUAUAAACUUUUUAUUAUCAGUUUAAAAAUCAGUUUAUUGUUCAGAAGAAAGAUUCCUAAUGUAUGAUGGGGGAAAUGUUUGGCCAUGUUUGGUUGUUGCAGUUAAGACAAAUGUAAUACAUACACACACACACACACACACACACACACACACACGCACACAUUCACUCACACAUUGUAAGGGGACCCACAAGUAUUGCCCUUUAAAAGACUUCAAAGUUUUCUGCUGUAAAGAAAGCUGUAAUAUAUAGUAAAACUAAAUGUUGCGUGGGUGGCAUGAGUUGAAGAAGGGAAAGGCUUGUAAAUUUAUCCAAUGCAGUUUGGCUUUUUAAAUUAUUUUGUGCCUAUUUAUGAAUACAUAUUACAAAUUCUAAAAGAUAAGUGUGUUUGCAAAAAAAAAAAAAAAGAAAAAAG